AUGGCUGAAUCGUCGGAAGAUUUCUCGGUGGUUGUUUUGGCGUCGGAUCUCGGCGUCGAUGCGCGACCCUUCCUCGAACAUCAACAGCAACAAGAAGAAGAUAAUUGGCACGACUGUUCUCAGUAUCUCUUCCCCGAUGAAGAUUUCAACGAUCUCGAUCAGUUGCAAUUCCUCCGCCUCCAAGGCACUGACAAAAACUCCAAUCGCAUUCUUCGUAUCGUUGGCAAGUACUUCCCAGCAACUGUGGUGAGUGCUGAACGACUAAAGAGGUAUGUGUCUCACAAGAUUUGCAGUGAGUUGCAGGAUGAGUCAUUCUGUAUUGUUUACAUGCACACCACCGUUCAGAAAGAGGAUAAUUCCCCUGGCUUAACAAUCUUAAGGUGGAUUUAUGAGGAACUUCCUACUGAUUUCAAGGACAGGCUUAAAACUGUGUAUUUCAUCCACCCUGGUCUUCGGUCCCGGCUAGUCAUGGCUACUGUUGGUCGCUUUUUCUUGAGUGGAGGAUUAUAUUGGAAGAUCAAGUAUGUAAGCCGGCUUCAGUACCUCUGGGAAGAUAUAAAGAAAGGAGAGAUUGAGAUUCCGGAUUUUGUGAAAAGUCAUGAUGAUAUUCUGGAGCAUAGGCCACUGACAGAUUAUGGCAUUGAACCUGAUCCCUUUCACUUGACUGGGAUACCUUCACCUACCUACUCAUUUGGCAAGUACGAGGAGAGAUGGGCGGGAAGAGAUUACGUGUCUUAG